UUUUCUUCGUUGUAAAGUGAAAAAACAGAACAAAACUGCAAAAUGGCUUUGAGCGAUGCUGAUGUUCAAAAACAGAUCAAACACAUGAUGGCUUUCAUCGAACAAGAAGCCAAUGAAAAGGCCGAAGAAAUCGAUGCCAAAGCCGAAGAAGAAUUCAACAUUGAAAAGGGACGUUUGGUGCAACAACAACGUCUCAAGAUCAUGGAAUACUAUGAAAAGAAGGAAAAACAAGUUGAAUUGCAAAAGAAAAUUCAAUCUUCCAACAUGCUUAAUCAAGCUCGUUUGAAGGUCCUCAAAGUACGUGAAGAUCAUGUUGCCAGCGUCUUGGAGGAUGCCCGUCGUCGUUUGGGUGAAGUUACCAAAAAUCCAGCUCAAUACAAAGUUGUCUUGGAAAAGUUGAUUUUGCAAGCUUUGUUCCAGACUAUGGAACCCACAGUCAUUUUGCGUUGCCGUCAAGUUGAUGUUGGUCUUGUCAAUGAAGUUCUGCCAGCCGCCAUUGAAGAAUACAAAAAGGAAAUGAAAAAUGAGGGUGUCAGUGUUGAUGUUGAUACCGAUAACUAUUUGCCUGCCGAUACAUGUGGUGGUAUUGAAUUGAUCGCCUUGAAUGGUCGUAUCAAGGUACCCAACACAUUGGAAUCCCGCUUGGAAUUGAUUUCACAACAAUUGGUACCCGAAAUCCGUAACGCCCUGUUCGGACGUAACGUUAACCGUAAAUUUGCCGAUUAAGUAUCUUUCAAUAAUUAUUGUGUU